AUGGCCGAGGCCGCAACACCACCUGCGCUGCAGGGCUCCGGAGGUGGUCCCCAAGAGUCUAAUACGACUGCGUUUCUGGUUCGCUCAGUGCCCCAGAACUGGCGCAAGGGCUCGAUAGUAGCAGUUGAUGGAGGCGUUCACCUCUCUGCCAUCACUCGUCUUAUCGAAGAGGCUCUGCCCAACUCGCCGCCACCAACGCCGACGCCAUCAUCUGCUCCCGCUCGCCAGAUUCUAACCACUGGUCCUUUUGCAGGGUUGGAGCUCCCAUUUACCACUGCUGCAGCAAAUGCUGCCCAUGUCACCCGCACUCUCGUUGAUACAUAUCUCAUCACCCACCCUCACCUGGAUCACAUUUCCGCCUUUGUCAUCAACACAGCAGGCCUGCCGGGCACUCGCCCAAAAAAGCUGGCUGGCCUCCCGGGUACAAUCAGGGCUCUCAAGGACCACAUCUUCAACAAUGUCAUUUGGCCCAAUCUUAGUGACGAAAAUAAUGGUGCCGGUCUCUUAACGUAUCUGAGACUGGUGGAAGGUGGAAGUCCUGCGCUGGGUGAGGGUUAUCUAGAGGUAUGCGACGGACUGCUCGUCAAGACUUGGAGCGUGAGCCACGGUCAUUGCAUGGAGAAGCACACGCAUCGUGGCUCUUUCUGUAACCAAACGCCGACACGUCAAGGCAGCCAAGACGGGUCAAGCAUACCGCUCCGGCGCGACACCUAUUACCCGCAUAUUCAUGACUUUGCGUCACACUUUGCCCGGCGGGAAACGGUCAACCACCUUUACCCUCCGGCUUUCUCACGGCGCCCAAGCAUGAUGCCUCAAGGAGGCACUUCGACGCCGAUAUUCAGCGGGGGUGACUUUGAGCCACGACCGUGCGUCAAUGACUCGAGCGCAUAUUUCAUCCGGGAAGAGACAUAUGAGCGCGAGGUGCUCAUCUUUGGAGACGUGGAGCCGGAUAGCAUUUCUCUCAGCCCGCGCAACCUGCUGAUCUGGCAAGAGGCUGCGCCCAAAAUUGCAGCCGGGAAGCUGGCCGCUGUCUUCGUCGAGUGCAGCUACUCUGAUUCACAGCCCGAUGAGCGGCUAUUUGGUCACUUGAAGCCCGCCUAUCUCAUUGAGGAAAUGCAAGUUUUGGCCACCGAAGUACAAAUCGCAAGAAAGGCGCGUGCCCUCGAGUCUAAAAAGCGCAAGCGGGAUGCCGAGGAUGCGCAAGUUCAGCGAAAGAAAGCCCCGCCUGUGUCCAUGCAGAGCCCCGGAUCGGAUGACCCUGUUUCUCCUAGGUCGGCCAAUCCUUUCAACAUGCCCUCCGAGUAUUAUUUUGAGGCCAAACAGGACUCCGAUACGCCACAUAUCGCUACGCCUACCGGCGAGCUAUCACUAGAUGAGUUUGGGGUCCCUAGUUUAGUGGUGCCGCCACCCAUCCACGCCAUCCAGAAGCCCCUUGAAGGCCUCAAGGUCGUCAUCAUCCACGUCAAGGAGACGUUAGCAGAUGGGCCGGAAGCUGGAGACUCAAUAUUGCAGGAGCUAAUAGAGCAUGAGCAAGAAGCACAGCUGGGCUGUGAGUUUAUCAUUUCUAAGCCAGGGCAGAGUUACUAUUUCUGA